AUGAGUGAAUCAAUGAAACUUCGAGAUCUUCUUAAAAAGGCCAAACCUACACUUCAGUACGAAAUAAGAAAGAAAAAACCAACAACUACUAAGCAAUUUCUUGAAUAUGCUAAAGAAUCAGAGGAGCUUCUUCAACUAUCUAAUAUUGAUAUUGAUGUUGAUACAUAUGGUCGUAAUAAAUUUAAUCCACCUAGCCAAACACCAUCGACUGUAACAUUAACACCAUCAAAUGCAUCAAAUCCACAUAUUGAUACUACUCCUCUUCCUAUCUAUGAUCGAAAGAUAAAUUAUAAUAAUCACUAUAAUAGUAAUAAAUUUAACCUCAAUCGAAAUAAUGAUUAUAAUUUUCAUCCUUCUCAACCAUUUAAUUCAUCUCGAUCGUUUAAUUCAUUCAGCUAG